CAAACCUCUCUCGACCCCUCAAACCUCAAACUCUCACCCACCAUGAGCAGCCGGGAGGUGAAAUUUAGCUGGACCUCCGCCCUCAUCGGCGCCGCUUCUGCCCUAGCCACCACCUCUCUUCUCUCUGCUAAGCCCAAGGACCCCACCUUCGACCUCAUCUCCAUCGAUCUCACCUCCUUCAAGCUCAACCUCCCUCUCCUCGACGCCGGCCUCGUCCUCACCGUCCACAUCACCAACCCCAACAUCACCCCCAUCCACUACUCCUCUACCACCAUGUCCAUCUUCUACAAAGGCUCCCUCCUCGGCUCCGCCGACAUCAAGGCCGGCUCCCAGUCCGCCAAGUCCUGCAAGCUCCUCCGCCUCCCGGCCCGCCUCGACGGCCUCCAGCUAGCCCACCACUGCUUUUAUUGA